UGUUAUUUACCUUAACCUAAGAAAGACAGUGAUAAGAAGAAUUAAGAGAAAUAUCUUUCAGCACCGAAAUGUAAACGAGCUCCUAGAGAACAUUUAACUGGUGGCAUGCAAUGGGUAUAUAACUUUGGAUCAGUAAUGGCUUGCAUGGUUCCAUAUCUGAUGCCCAAAUUAUUGAAAGAAGUUCAUGUAACUGACAUCCUUGACCAGAGUGUGCUGGCUUAGGAGUAAAUCCCAAAGAAUCCAAUAGGUCUGACUUUCAGGAAGUUUCCUCUGCUAGAAGAUUCCAGAUGUUGAUGCAGUUGCCACCUCAACUCCAGCCUUCCAUUCUCUCCGGUUCUGAAGAGAAUGGAUAUAUUGCUGAUUUACUACCUCUUUGAUUUUCUGCUGGCUAUUGGGUUUGGCUUACAGUGUGAACGAUGCAGCAGCAAAACCAGUUCCUGUACUGGAGCCCCAUAUAAUUGUCCAAAAUCUGAAAAGGCCUGCCUGAUCCUUACCAUAGAGAACAUUAUUGAGAACAAUCAAUGGUUCUCCACCUUCAAAGGUUGCGUGCCAACCAAGAACUGUCCCACUCUUUCCACGAGUUUCACGUUUCCUUCAAAGCAUGAGCGAAGGACGGCCAAGUGCUGCUACCGUGAUUUCUGCAACAAAGGAGUUGUGAAAUUGGAAGAUGCAAAGAAAACACGAAAUGGACUGAAAUGCCCAGGAUGCUUUUCAAUGAAUCUGGAAUGUCAAGCCACAGAGAUGUUAAACUGCCAUGACCAGGAGCACAAGUGUGUUUACAUGAGUGUGACUGUGCAAAACGAUAAUCAGAUCUACGUCUAUGCUAAACGUGGUUGUGGAACCAAGCAAGCCUGCAGGAAUAAGGAACACACAUUUGGCAUCCCCGGAUUGUAUGCCGAAAUUUGGAAGAAUGUUACAUGUUCUCAUGCUGCCAAGUGAUUGAUUUAACGAGCGAAGGGGCUAGUCCCUUACAUCUUCAGAAGCCGGGAAAGGAGAGAGCGAGUGUGUACAAGAGUUCUAAUUAUCUUGAACAAUGAGCUCAUUUUUCUUUUAUGGCGGAAUAAAAUCUUGUUGUGCUUCUUUA